GCAGAGAAAGCCUUGUGUUUCUCGUUUCUUUGCAAGUUCUCUUCACAGAUCCCUCAAGAAUGGUGACUUUGGUUUCCCAAGAAAAUGCUGUUGCAUUAGUCUCUCGCACCGGCCGGCAAUUGCAGCGUUACAGAAAAGGCCGUCGUCAAGUCGUCGGGUGUAUACCGUACAGAUAUAAAUUCGGGGAAGAAGCUUGUUUGAAGGAGUCAGAAGAGUUAGAAUUAGAAGUUCUGGUUAUCAGUUCACAGAAAGGCAAUGGAAUGCUAUUUCCAAAGGGAGGCUGGGAACUCGACGAAUCCAAAAAGGAGGCAGCUUUGCGAGAGACCAUAGAAGAAGCUGGUGUGCGAGGCAUUGUUGGGGGUAAAUUGGGGAAAUGGAGUUUCAAGAGCAAAACUCAUGACUCAUUCUAUGAAGGCUACAUGUUUCCUCUUCUGGUUCAAGAACAACUAGAGUUCUGGCCAGAGCAAAACGUCCGUGAAAGAAUAUGGAUGAGCGUGGCAGAGGCAAGACAAGUUUGUAGGCAUUGGUGGAUGAAAGAUGCAUUAGACAGACUCGUCGAUCGUCUCAAAGCUGUGUCACAAUUCAAAUAUGAGUUGUAAAUAAGUGAGUUUCGUGGAGGGGAUGGAUAGAGCUGCUUUUUUUUUUUUGGCUUUGCCUGGAAGGAAAUCAGCUGCGGAAUUAGUAGGGAAGGGAAUUGUCAAUUCCAUUUGUAUAAACAAUUUUACGUUCAAUGUACCUGUUCCCCAAGUUACUGUUAGUUUUCAAGUUUGGUACCUUCAGCUCGAGAAUGUGCUGUGGGUGGGGAAAAAAGAACCCGCAACUUGUUGACGGCGCUGUAAUUGACCCAGUAAGUGCAUGGAAGUGGUUGGACUUCAGAAACCUG